AUGAGUACAUUUUCUUCGGAACAACUGAACUUGUUCAAGUUCGCCUCUGUUAUUCUUGAUGAAUUUCCAACCGCAUUGCGCCACGUAUUUGUAAGCUUGUGGGACACCAAAGUUGCUCCUACUCCCAGCUUCAAAACAUGGGAUGACUCGCUACUGGUUCGGAACAUGUUCCUUAGUAAGGAGGGUGGAAAGACCAAAAAUGUGCCAACCAAUGAGUCAUACGAGAAGUGGGACUGCACAGCUUUGUUUGAAGCCACUCUUUAUGCUCAAAGUUUUGCAGUGCCAGUUCCAGGCGGGAGAGGAAAGACCUUAGCCGAUCUGUACGUGAAAGCCCAUCGUUUGCCAAGAGGGGUGUUUCAUGCAAGUGUUACAAGCACUUCGGGCAACAACGAUGAGACAUUUGCCUUAGCUUUGGAUCAGCUUCGUCUGUUACGAAACAGCCUUUGCCACAACCACAGCUCAAAGAUUGAUAAGAAAACCUUUGAUCAGUACAUACAGCUAUCUAAAGAUGCGUUCGCAGCACUUGGACAAAGCUCUACCAGGAUCGAUGACAUUGGAAAGCUCGCGGAAGGAGACUUUCCCACUGCCAGGGUUCAACAGUUGGAACAAGAGCUGAGACGAGAGAACCGGAGGGCGAUCGAGGACGACAUAUACCAUAUCGACGAUCAAGUCACAGAUGUCAAAACUAAAGUGCUAGAUACGCUUACAAAAGUGGAAAAAGUCGAAUCAGAAGUCGAGAAUGUUAAAAGCGGAAUGCAAGACCUGAGGACCGCGGUAGAAGAUGGACUAGGAGAUAUGACAACUUCAGUGAUAGGUGUGAGAACAGAAAUGGAAGAAUUAAAAGCUAGUUUGGUACGCUCGAAAGGUAAGAGGAAAGUAGCUUAAUUUUUGCAACUAAAGUGUAUUUCUUCAAAGCUUGUGAAUGUUAUAUACACUAGGAGGAAUAAAGAAUUCGGUAGGUCUCGAACCCUGCACCUUCGGCUCGACGCGACUACACCUAACCACUACACCACAGAGUCUGAUUACGUAAUGUUUAGGAAAAGUCUUUCAUUUUAUUCCUUUUCCAUGAAAAUUCCGCCAGCAAGAUGAUCGCCAGCCGCAUUUUCGGCUCAUACAGGUUCUUAAGAAUAGCAUGGCAUGACAUUUUCUCACUUUCACAUCACCUUCUAGCAAGCUGGAAUUUGUAUAUCCCCCGUGUUGCGGAGUCGAAGAGCAAAUACUCAUCUUCUCGUCAGGUUUAACACCUGGACGAGUCACAGGCUCUUGAAUUGAAAUCCACUCCCCAAGUUAACCAUCGUACUCAUCUGAAAGACUCCUGCGUGUCUUAAAUUUGGUAAGACCUCCAACCGUGCUGUAGAAAAUUUGCUACAAAGAAAACUCUGAGUCUGGGCAGCGAACGAUGCGAACUUCUUUCUGUUUUUUUUUCCGUUUUUUGUGUUGUUGUUUUCUAUAAAUAUAUAGCUAAAUAACUGUUUCUAGUAAAGUGCAACAAAACAGCAAGAAAAGUAUUGUGUUUCCGGAGAAAAUAUCGUGCACCGUAUAGUAAAUAUAUGGAUAAACAAUCUGAAUUUCUAUUAUUUCCUACAAUUUACUGUGGGAAAACCAGAGUUAUAACCACUUGAUCAUUUUCUAAACAACGUUCCCACGAAUUCUUUCUAUAGACUGAUAGUAAUUAUUCUAGUACUUUCCAACAUGUAAAUAGGACAUUCAAUGUCAUUUUCGAUUCUUGUAAGUCUCACUGCCUAACUAAUGCCAGUAUCAACAGAAUGUGCCGCAGCGUUACUAUCUUUUAGAUACCCUAGUAUAUUAGUAAAAUCCAACUAGUGGUCUAUUAUCAAUGCUGCGUUCUGAUUGGUUGAGAUACUACUAGGCUAUAUGUUAUAGCCCACUAGUAGCGAAAAGUGCGGGCUUUUUGGCGGCAAAAAAGGAUUAAAGUCCAGCUUUAACUAGCUAAAUUCUUUUUAUUCGGGAUAUUUUUUACCAACUAGUUGGAUUUUACUAAAACAAUUAUUCCUCUCGCCUUAAGGCCUCUGAGUCAAUAGCCCAUUCGGCCUUCGGCCUCAUGGGCUAUUGACUCAGAGCCCAUUCGGGCUCGAGGAAUAAUUGUUAAUUAUAUCAUUAUGCAUCACACUUAAGAUCGGCCAAAAUAAUGGUAGGAUGGCUCAGCGUGCAAAAACAUCCUUCAUUUACGUCAAGCAAGAGUUAAAUUUGUAACGAACAAGGUUUAGGAUGACAUCACCCUCGCACAUUAGGACAAGUUAAAAUAGCUUCUCCAGUGAAUGAAAAGCCGAGAUGGCGGAAAUAAAAAGCAAAAAGUAUCUAAAGAAUUUAAAAAGUGGUUAUGCUCAAGUUAAGUGGCAGUACAUUCCAAAUCUUUGAACCUCCACUAACCUUCCAUACAUGUUUACAAUUGUAUGCCACUGAAUAUCUAAUUUUACGAAAUUUUUACGUCAUCUGUCUGUUAUAGAUCCCAGGUGACAUCAAAAUACCUUAAGAGAAAGAAAAACGUACAUGGGUAGUACAAGUGCGUGUAACUGAUGUAAUAUAAAGUCACUGACAUAAAGUCUUAUGCAUGUGACGCAUAACAAAAAAUACACAGGGCUAAAUGAAAUAUUCUGUUCUGUAAAUAACGAAAAUUUAAGCGAGACACUUUUCCUCAUAGGGCGGGGCUGUGACGUACAUGUUCAAAGAUUUGUUUUAAUUUACGGAGUUUCCUUCACACGAAUGCUCCUUUCUUUUUUAGGUUUCUUCGUCCUCUAAACAGUUUUUUGAGGCCUAAUUACACGUUUAAUCCGACAUAAUCGCGAAAACGCAUCCAGUACUGGAGGCCAUGCUUGGCAAAGACCCAUAACAAAAGCAAACAAACAAACAAACAAAGGAAACAGCAACCGCGUUCCCAGAGUUCUCUCUCUUGCCUUUCUCGAAGCAAGAGAGAGAACUCUGGGAAAGAGGUUGAGAAACAACUGUCUCUGUUUCUAUAGGCUAUCGCGUGUGUCAAUUCAGCCUUUCAAAGACUUCUCGUUCAAAACGUCUCACUGCGGAAUCAGUCGUUUUCAGUGGCUUCAUGUAGUUAUCGCAAAUGAUUUUAACGUUCAGCUUGCCCUCAAUAUUUGGGUAUAAAACCUUGAAAAUCUCCGUCAUAAAACUGAAAAAUAAUUUAUUAAAAAUUAAUAAAUGCAAACGUUCUGCCUUCAGCGCACUCGAUUUCAUCAGCUUAUCACAACCGGGUUUUAACCUAGAGGGGUUGAAAUGUAUUCUCAUGGGAUCCUCAAUCAAAUCAAUAAAAAAUAAGUAAGUUUGUAAAAAAUGAUUGUUGUAAUAACUUGUUGUUGCCAUUUAGGUCACGUGGUUCCUGGCCUCACUGUGCCUGAUAAAAUACCCCACUUUUACGGCCGUAAAAAAGAGUGCGAGGCAAUUCUCGGUCAUUUGACAAGUAGCAAAAGUACUCGUCUGGUCGAUAUUUGGGGUUCACCAGGAUUUGGAAAGACUUCAGUGGCACUCACCGUAGCACAUCAGUUACUGGAAAAUAAGAUUCCAGUAUAUUUUGUAUCCCUACGGGGAAUGAAAAGCAAAGAUGAGCUCGUCUCAAAGCUGCUCAGUAUUUUCGCGGAUGUCAAACAAGUACCUCAUAUCUCCCCGUCUCACUGGCUUAUUCAGCGCUUGCAACAGCUUCAGAAUCCAUUCGUGUUAAUCUUGGAUAAUGCUGACGAUCUCCUGGAAUCUGGAGACACUACGGUCAAAGGAGAGGUUCUCAGAUUAUCAAAAGACAUUCUUGCCCAGUGUUGCCAUAUCAAGCUUCUCUUUACUACUCGUGAAUCUCUAGACUAUUUGAAGCAUGAGGUUCCCAUUCAUCUCGAGAAAGUUGGAAUACUGGACGAGAUUUCCUCGACCAAGUUAGUAAAAUCACUGUUGCCAAGUGUAUCAGAGAACAACUGUAGUAGCAUACUAAAAGAGAGUGGACAGGUUCCCCUGGCCAUGCGUCUUAUGUGUGGCAUCAUGAAAGAAGAGAACGUUCCUCUCAAUGAACUCUUAGAGGAGCUGAAGACUUCAACUCUUGUUGAGGUUUUGGACGACGACCGUUUACCUCACUGUUCAAGAUUAAAGUCUUUAAUAAACACGUCUUUUCAAAGACUGUCACCCAAAGAGAGGGAAGCAUUCGUAUCUCUGGCCGUUUUUCCUGGUAACUUUGAAGCUAAAGAAGCUAGGGCCGUAAUGGGCUUAGAAAAAGCUCCGGAACGAACCAGCAAGAAAAUUCUACGAGCACUGGAAGCAAAAUCAUUAAUAGAAUCCCGCGAAAAUUUUUGCUCUUUCACAAUUCAUUCGCUACUACGAUCUUUUAUUGAUGAGAAUAAAUUUUGUGACGGUGCAACUAAAACUACUUUUGACAAAGCACAACUUCGCUUUUACGAACAUUACAUCAGCAGCUUCGAGGUUGCUAAUGAGAUGUUUUUUACGGGCCACUCUAAUGACGCCGUUGAAAAGUUUGUAAGUCGCCGAGAAAACAUCAUUAAAUCGCUAGCUAAUGGAACAAGGAAGGACGAGCUGUACGCCAAGACGACAGAGGUGCUGUCUAAGGCAGAACUUUUUCUCUUUUCUGUUUUACACGACGAACAACUGACUUUUAACAGGCUUUAUGACAAUGCUGUUGAAGAGGCAAGGAGGAAGAAGCAAUGUGACAUCGAACGUAAACUGCUUGCUGCAAAGUCCUUUGGUUGUUUAGGUUUCUUUUUCUCAAAUGAACAAAACCCUGACAGUCCCUUGCAACAUAGCUUCAUUGAUGCUGCUGAUUGUCCACCAAAACUACUCUGUUAUGGUGGUAUUUAUCAAAUUCUUUGUGGUAAGCUUGAAGAAGGAAUACUGCUUCUUAAGCGUUCUGUAGAUCGUCUGAAUACUGACUACGGUGAAAAGGUGUUUAUGAUUUUAGCCUACCAUGUCCUUGCAGUUUGCCACAGGAAUCGACAAAACGAUGAAACUGCGUCAUAUGCCUGCAGCAUUGAGAGUGAGUCUGGAUCAUUGUCCCCUGCAUUUUGUAGUCUAUUUUCAAGAGACACCCUGCCAUCUAGAGAAUCAAAUGUGCGCUGUCUUCCAGAAUCUGUUGCUGAACGAGAUGCGUUCCUUUUUGCUUUGACAGCUGAAUUGCUUCCUCCCCUUUACAAAUCUCUCGGUGAUCAGUUUGAAAUGGAACUAUCUGUUAUCACCAGUUCUCUUCUAAGGCUGCAAAAAGUUCUUUUGGUGAUGUUUCAAGAAGGUCGUGUCCUUGCCAGGGUGUUAGAGACUUGCUGCAAAGGGUUAGAGAGAUUACAUUGUGAUAAGGAGGCAGAAGAAGGCUUUGAGUUAAUAGCUCGUCAACUGGAAGAUGUCUUGGGAGUCCACAAGGACACGGCCCGAAAUUACCACUCACUCGGUGAGGCGCAAAAAAAUUUCAAGGAGUACGAGGCUGCCCAUUGUUCCUUUAUGAAAGCUUUAGAAAUGAGAACCAGUAUUCUACGAGAAACGAAGGAAACGGCUCGUGACAGUUCUAUAAUUAAAGGGACUAUUGAAUCAUUGAUUUCGCUCACGCAAGUCUUUGAAAAUAUUAAUGGUACUACUGCUGAUGUAGACAAUUUCGUUACCGCUUGUGAAGAACUUGAACGUAUCCUAGCUAAGUCAAAAGAUGAACACUUUGCUCAAGCAUGUUUCGUAAGACUUGGAAGAGUUUUAAACAAUUUUGGUUCAAUAUAUCUUAGAAGGAAAGACUACGGUAGAGCUCUCAUGUUACUACAGUGGGCGAUAAGGAUAAAGGAAGAAAACCUAGGAGAUAGUGUGGAGACCGUACCAAGCCUACUUAACGAGGGCGCCACUUAUUUGGAGAUGAAAAGAUAUAAGGAGGCUGAAAAUUCAUUCCAUCGUGCAUUAGAUCUAAGCCUACGACUCAAGGAAAAACAUUUGGGUAGUCACAACCUUACAGCUGCCAGCCUCCAUCAAAUAGGAAUUACCUACCACAAAAUGUGCAGGUACAAGGAAGCUGUCAAACAAUUUCAAAAGGCCGUCGAGUUACGAAAAGAGUUGCUUGGCGACCAUACGGAGACGGCCUUAAGCUUGAAAUGUCUCAGUGAUUCACAACACGCUUCAGGCGACGUUACCGAAGCUGCCGAAACCUUACAGCAACUGGUUUGCACCUAUAAAGCCCUGGGUAAGUGUUAAGCUAAUAUAUAGUUUUAGUAAAUUCCAACUCGUGGCCUAUCAUCAAUACUGCGUUCUGAUUGGUUGGGCUACUACUAGGCUAUAUGUUAUAGCCCACUAGUAGCUAGACUGCAAAACAGUCCGAAUUUUUGCGUGUUCAAGUACGCGCGAGCUGUCAAACAGAAGGUCUGGAACGAGGCUGAAAACAGAGAGCGAGACUGGGGAGAGACACUAAAAAUACGGACUGUCCGUUUUGCAUACGUCAUAUUCGUUCGAAUUACCCGCUUGUCCUAGCCACGGACAAUUCCGAUUGGCUAAAUUUCGAUGUAAGCUGUCAACAAGCUGUCAACAAGCUGUCAAGUAAUGUUUUCAACCAGUCAUUCGCGAUAUUCCGUACCGUGAUGAAUAGAUUUAUAAAGCUUUCGCUGUAAAAUGACGAAUGUUGAUUUGCUCACGCAAGAAUUGGGUUGUUUUAAAUUCGGAGCAGAGGGAAGCUUGGGAAUUGCUGCUCAGGGAAAAGGAUGUUUUCUGUGUCCCACCAACAGCCUUAUUUAACAGAUCUUUGUUCAUACGAAGAGUUCUUCAAGUUCCGUGCAACGGCCGACCGUAAUUGUUACCCGACCUAUGUAAAAUAGGGGGAUCGGUAGGCAACACAUGACUUUUAACUCGUGCCAAAAUGCUGCUUGUUCAAAUGAAUUGUUUUCUUUGUCGGGUAGAUUAUGCUUUGGAGGAAAACGUUUUGACUGAGGAAAUGUGAAUUUUGGCCGCUUAUUCAGGUGACUCGACCCAGUUUUUUUUGGGGGGGUACCAUCCUACUUUGAAGCUGUCUGGUAUCCCCAUCGCAUAAUUAUGACCGAAAUUUGGAAACCGCUGAAUUUCUCGAAUUAGGUCUUUGCCUUUUUGGUGAAACUCUGUUCAGCGCAAGGCACUAAUGCGCAUUAUGUGUAGCCGAGAGAUUUUCACGAAAAAAUGCUGACAACAGCAGAUUUUCGACUCAGACCUUAAAGGGGCGUGGCAUUAUAACCACGUGACAUUUACUCCGAUAGCCAAAAAUUUUAUGUUAUAUUGUAGAUUGAUCUAUAUGUUAUCCAUUCUAUGUGUUAUACUUACGAUAAAAGUAAAGGGUGGGGAUACCAGAGAGCUUCAAAGUAGGAUGGUACCCCCUAAAAAAAACUGGGUCGAGCCACCUUAACUAUAUUGCCUACUGAGAGAACGUGACACGCAUAUUGAUUUGCUCUGGUCGGCAUGAUUUGCUCUCUUAUGCAAGAGCAUUUUCUUUUUUGGCCUCUUUAGAAAUGUAAAGUUCUUCAUUGCGGCUGAUUAAGAGUUUUAGGUUGGUUUAUUUCUCCAAAGUGCCUUCUGAAUUUGAAUAAUUCUAACCGAUUUUCUUUGUGUCCAUGAAUGUGACUUUUUCCUGCAAUAAUAAUAAUAGUCCUAAAUAAUAAUAGUAAGGCCAUCCUCUUUUUUUUUUCUCCUUUUACCGUCGUACGACCGACCCACAUUUUUGGCAUUUUCAAAAAAAAAAGUAACGACGUACUUACACCAUUUUUCACUUGAAGUAAUUCUUUUAAUCUCAAAAAUGAGCUUAGUAAUAGCAUCGAGAAAAACAGGAACAAAAACAUGAACAUUUUUCACAGUAUACUGUACAUUUUGUUAAUCCAAAUAUGUGAAUGUUAACUUUUAACGUCGUCCUGGGGUACCAGGACCUACUAUUCCGAGACUUCUUGUGAUUUUCUUUCAGGUUUUUUUUUUCAAUCCGACCGACCGACCCAAUAUCAGGAAACGCAUUUGACGGUGAAUGAAGAAAAAAAAAGGGGAUGGCCAAAUAAUAAAAAAAAAUUCAAAAUAGUAGUGAAUUCUUUCUAUUUUUGAGAUUAUAGUGUAAAAGAAACCUAUAUGCUUAUUUAAUAACAUUAAAACGUAAAUUUAAUAUUUUUUAUAUACAGAAUGGUUUUAAAAACAGAAAGAAUUCUCGACUGCUUUAAAAGAAAUGACCCGCAAGGGCUAAAAAGCUGCCUUCAAAAGUUUUGUUUAGGUAACCCUUCAGUGAGGAAAGACGUUGCUGUUUAGGGUCAAUACUUAUAGUGCUUUGUAUUGCCAAACCAUUAUAAACUAGCCGCCUCGUUAGCUCAGUUGGGAGAGCGUGGGUCUGCUGAGCGGGAGGUCGCGGGUUCAAACCCCGACCGGACCAACACUUAGGGUCUUUAAAUAACUGAGAAGAAAGUGCUGCCUUUGUAAUGACAUCUGCAAAUGGUUAGACUUUCUAGUCUUCUCGGAUAAGGACGAAAAACCGUAGGUCCCGUCUCACAGCACUUUCACUGAUCUGUUCUUGUGGGACGUAAAAGAACCCACACUACUGUUCGAAAACAGUAGGGGACGUAGACCCCGGUGGUGUGGCCGACCUUUACGGGUUAUGGGAUUGGGUAGGGAUGGCACCUUGCAUGGGACCUAUGAGUCCCGUUCGUGCCUAUUCCCUCUGGGCACGCCUGUGUCCAGAAAAGCUUGUAAAACCAAAACUAAAACUAAAACUACCUCAGUUUCGGUAGUGGAUAUUUAUCUCGCCGCUUCGUGGCUCCAAAAAAUCACCACCACUGCCCAUCUCCACUUCAGUAAAUGAUUGUUAUUUAUUUGCAACUGGCGAAAGCCGCAACUGCUGCCUAAAAGUACAUGAUCCCAAGGCCAUGAGAAAUCAUAGCCUCACCGACAUUGAUAAAAAAGCGGAAAUUUAAUAACGUCCCCACGUGAAAACGAAUUGGGAGACGGCUUAGGGCCGUUGAUACGUAAGUGAGUGUUUGUACCUCUGCAAAAUUUUUAGCCACGCGCGCCCCUGACUAGAAUAUUGUAUUUGUUGUAGAUGACCACGAAAAUACGGCGUGGGGCUACUAUAAAAUUGGAGAGUUACGACGUGAAAUGGGAGAUCUCAGUGGCGCACUUUCGGCUGUUCAAAUGGCUUUGCGAUUAAGAAAUGAACUUUCAUGGAUUCAUCUCGAUACUGCAAGUUACAUUCAUUUUCUUGGAGUUAUUAAUUUCGAAAUGGAUGAUCAUAAGGCAGCUGCUGAAGAACUCCAGAGAGCAGCAUCCAUGAGAAGAGAACUACUUGGUGAACACGAAGCUACGGCAUGUAGCUACCACUGCCUUGGUGUAGCACAGGGUUACAUGAAGGACCACGAUGAGGCUUUGAUUUCCCUGCAAAAGGCCUUAGACAUGAGAAAAAAACUAUUAGGGGCUCAUGCCGAAACCGCCAGCACCUUUUACAAUCUGGGUCGUUUGCAUUUGACAAUGGAUGCAAUAAAUUUAGCUUUUGAGGCAUUUCAAAAUGCGGCGUACAUGAGAGCACAUAUCCUUGGUGAUCACAAUGAUACGUCCACCAGCUAUCUGUGGCUCGGUGCAGUGCAGUUGGAAAUUGGAGAUCUUAAUGGAGCCUUCGAGUCUGUCCAGAAGUCCUUGCAAAUAAGGCAGAAACUUUUGGGAGAUCACUCGGACACAGCCACGAGCAUCCAUCUUCUAGGGCGUGUUUAUCAUGCGAUGGAUGACAACAAGUUGGCUCUUGAGAAAUUCCAGACAGCACUAAAUAUGAGGUUAAAACUGCUUGGUAAGCAUGAAGAUACGGCGUACAGCUACUUUUUUCGUGGUGAAGUGCAGAUGGAAAUGGGAGAUUUUAAAGAGGCUGUCGAGUCUUUCCAAAAGUCACUACAAUUACGGCAGGAACUGUUAGGGAACCAUUCAGAUACCGCUGCUAGUUUUCAUUCCCUCGGACUUGCAUAUUUCGCGUUGGGUGAUACAAGUUCUGCGUUGAGCUCUCUACAGAAAGCGGCAGACAUGAGAUCACAACUGCUUGGAUGUCACGAAUAUACGGUGUGCAGCUACCAGUGGCUUGCUGAGGUACAAGACUCUGUUGGGGAUCUUAACGGCGCAAUAGAAUCGUGGAAAAGAGCCUUUGAAUUUGCGGGCGUAUGA